GGACGCUCGUGGGAUCUCAACCAAGGGAAUCGUGGUCUAUAUGCGCAAGCAGAUCGUUGGAUAUUUGGAUUAGAAUGGGUUGUCUUGCGGGGGUAUAAAUGAUGGAUGUACAUGCGGCCUUACUUACGAGAACGAUAGAGACGCAAGAAAACUUCGGGAUGAUGUAUGCAGGACGAUGUCGCCGCUGGUCCCUGAAAACUGGCAAGAUAUCUCCACAAAGAUCCUUGAAACCACUUAACACAGAUUCACUGCACGCGAGAACGAGAGGGUUGGGCUGGCCACUGAGACAAUGGACGUUUGUUUUGGAGUCGAGAGAGUUGCACGAAUGUUGGUCUAAGGCUUUCGAUAAGUGCUUGAACCGAACCGAACCAUCUCCGGUCUCCUCAUAUGUGCUCCCUUCCAGUCUAUCUAUGUCGGAGCCUACUCGAAGGACACACUUCUCUGCAUACAAUAUCGACAUCAACUGGUGGUGCAUUAACGUCUCUUCAAGUGUAUACGAAUUGAAGCAUCCAGUGUCACUCACGGCACCGACAAACUCUACUGAAGAACCAGAGGGGCCGUUGAAUACCCGAGGCAGCGGCCAUGUGGCAAGGCCUCCAGGGCUGUUGCAGCUGAUCACGCAACGAAGAGUAUCAGAGUCUCCAGCUCGUCCUUAUCUGCCCCCCAAAAGGUGUGGGCAUCCGGUCCAAAUCGAAUUCGCUCUCGCCCUGUCGAGAACGAAUAAAGUUGAUUCGCUGGCACAUUCCUCCAGAAUCAUUCGCUUUUGCUCCUCCUUUCUGUUGACUACUGUCCUUUCACGCGAUGGACAGCAACAGAUGGCUCUUUGGAUGCAGCUUGGAUCAGGGCGGCCGUGAUUCUUCGUGUGUUGCGGUCUAUUGUGUCCUGCGAAUCAGCCCAAUACGAUACAAGAAACGAGACAAACCAGAUUAUGAGGCUGAAUGCGAAUGGUCAAGUGGCCAGAUGCGGUGACCUUGCUAGAUCGAGUGUAUAUGGUGACUGUCAAAAGCGUCAAUGAACUAGGGCAACAGAAAGUGAUGCUAACAACUUCUUCCCAUAUUCAUAUCGAUUCAGUUUGCCGUGCUGCACAUCUUGUUCCUGUAUAAGGUACUCGACCCAUUGCUCCGCAACAUCAGCAUCAUCGAACUUACGAUGUUUGCACAUCGCAUUUUAGACUUUUUUUGUACAACCCUUGCUUAUUAUACUAAAAUGGAACUUUUUCGAACUUCGCGCACGACUUGUUUGCACGCUCGAACCACUUUCUUGCAAGCAGAAAAGGCAACCUUCAAGGUAGUUC